AUGAUUGAGGUGGAGUGCACGGCAGGCUUUGAUGGAGGGCUGCCGCAGACGUUCUUCAUGGAGGUCUACGACUCGAGCACCUCUGCCCUCCACCGCAACCUGUCUUCGUCGGAGCCCGUGUUCGUGCUGACCUCGCUGCGGCCGGGUCUUGCCUUCCUCAUGGUGACCUAUGCGGCCAAUAGCAAGGGCAGGAGCGCCUCCUUCAAGCUGGAGACGUUCACCUUGAAAGUCGCUGAGAAGAGGACAGGCCCCCCCACCCUCUUCGAAUUCACCCCCGUGUUGGGCGUGGUCAUCGGCGUGGUCCUCGCCCUCAUCCUCAUGGCCCUCGUCAUCAUGGUGGUCAUGAAGAUGCGCAGGCCGAGUCCGGGGCUCAACGGGGCGCACGGCUCGAACGAGGAGCUCAAGGGCGACCUGGAGAACAAGCCCCUGAACGUGGGCGUGCUGGGCGGAGGGCCGAGGGUCAAGGAGAGCGCGAGCGUGGGCGAGAGCGAGGACAACGACCCGGACAUCAUUCCGCACAAGACAGAUGUCAUGACGUACCAGGACUACGAGAGUAUAGACAGGAAAGGGCCCGGACGUGGAGGAACAAAUAUUGAGAGUGUACCGUCAGUACGCACUCUACCCCACACGGUCAUAGACACUUCAAUCCCACAGACACCCGGCCUUCAGCUUACCAACACCUUAUGCGGCACAGCAAUCAUCAUUUUACACUCCAGGUUAGUCUACGAAAUAAAGAAGGAAUUGCAAGCGGUCACAGCAUGCACCACUCCCCAAGCAUGGGACACAGAGUCAAAGCAUGAGAACUUUUAG